AUGGCCAUUGGAAGGGUUAUUCAGCGCUGCACUGCAGUGAAGUACCACUACACCUCCAGCUCGCUGCCUCGCAACUUACCCAUCAACAUCACCAACACCAUCCGGCAGGACGAGUGGCACGCGCUCCAUCUGCGGAGGAUGACAGCUGGCUUCAUUGGCAUGGCAGUCUCCAUCAUCCUGUUUGGGUGGAUCAUUGGUGUGCUGGGCUGCUGCAAACAGCAGGAGCUCAUGCAGUAUGUGGCUGGGCUGCUCUUCCUAAUGGGAGGUACGUGCUGUAUCAUCUCCCUCUGCACAUGCGUAGCUGGGAUCAAUUUUGAGCUGUCCCGCUAUCCUCGCUACGUCUAUGGGCUGCCAGAGGACAUCAGUCAUGGCUAUGGCUGGUCCAUGUUCUGUGCCUGGGGGGGCCUGGGCCUCACCCUGCUGGCUGGGUUCCUCUGCACCUUGGCCCCCUCACUCAACACGUCUCGGGCCUCCGUACAAAAACCCAGACAAGAGAACGGGGCCGUGUGACCUCGGCGGGCGCGAGGAGAGACUCUGGGCAGCGCAGCCUGGGCAGAGCCGGGGGGUAACACCGGGAAGAGGCGGCGUGUCGGCGUGUGGGGAGCAGCACCACGGCUGCGGAACCACCGGGCUGUGGGACGCUGCGGCAGCCUCCAGUCGCGGACACAGACAUUGCAAGUGACUCCAGGUUUGAAUUAUUGGCGAUUUUGCUCAUUGAUGGUUUAAGGGGGGACAGUUCUUUUGAUUUGUUUUUCUUCUGUUUACAAGGGAUUAAGUCCAAGGCUGUGUCUUUUUUUGUGCUGUUUUUUGAACUGUACCUCCAUGGUCCUGUUAUUGUCCAGUUGUAAGGGAUGUUUACGCACCAACUCUAUUGCUGCAGGUCUGGGUAAGUCAGACCCAAAUCAGGGCAAGGAGCUACGUGAAGUUGGCUUGAACACUUUUGCAACAGGCGUGUCUCAUGUUGGCUCAGGCCAUCAGUUCCCAAAAGAACCUUGAUCUAAGCCGAGGUUUAGGCCAAAGAAUUAGCCCAUUGUUAGUAUUAAUUUAUUUAAAUCAGAAAUCUGCUAUUUCAUGCUGUGGUAUCAGCUAUUUACUCACUACUAAUGUUUCCAAAAGGAGCCAGCUGUAACUGAGCAGCAAGACUCUAAAAAAAACCCCUUACUGGCUUUAGGAAAGGAGGGGAGUUUUCCUCAGCUUCUUACGCAGUAAGGUUACUCAUUUGGCUAAUGAACAUACCCUUGUUUUAACGGGGAGAUGUAUGCAAAGUGCAGCUUCUAACUAUUCCACUAGAGGCCAGGGUAUAUUUCUGAAAAUAUAUGUCACAGUUUGAGCUGCCGGGAUCAACUUUUACCCCCCCAACUAACUUGGGGGUGCAACUCCUGUUCUGUGACAGGAGGUAACUCUCCCCAAGCUCAAACAGCAGUACUGCUAAAAUAGCAGAUGUACAGCCCCCCCCCCAAUAUUAAUGUCCAAAGGAACCGCAAUGUAUUUUCCUCAGGAAUGCGUGGCUUCUGCUCACUUCCCCCCCCCCCCCCCCCUUUCUAAUGUCCAAUGCCCCCGGAGCGCAGCGUGUCUAGAACACGGAUGAUCCGCUGGAACAAGCUCCACCCUCUCCAGAACGAGCAGCAACGACCUUGGAACCAGCACAAGUACUCGGGCUAACUCAGGAACAUCAGCCAAAGUACUUUGGGGUGCAUUUUUCUUUCAUUCAUCUAUUCUUUCUUCCCUCACAUUCCCCGCCCCUCUCCCAAGUGUCCAAAAACUGCACAGGUAAAGAUGAGAUGGCCAGCAUUUGGAGAUGUUUACAUUGUAUUUAAAAUACAAUACAGUGGCAUGUAAGAUACUUAAUGCUAAAGUCAGUGUAUUUAUGAAAAGUGUAAUUUUUAAAUGGAAGUUGUAAUUCUCAACUGGCAUUAAAAGUACUGAACGACUUGC